CCUCCCCGCCAUGCCCUCGACCGUUUCUUACUUAUACAGACCGUAGCCGCCAGGCAUUUCAUGCCCCUCUCCUCUUGAUACUUCCCAGAACCAAAAAAACUCUCUCUCACUUUUCCCUAUACCCCGUAGCGUUUCAUCGUUUAAUCAGAUCUUCCCUUUUUCCAGUAUCAUCUCGCUCGGCAAGUUAGAACAAUCGCAAGACUAUAUUUUUUAUAUUUACACACUAUAACGAAUUCCGGCAACGGGCAAAACAACGAUUAUAUAUCCCCAGACUCAGAGAUUUUGAAACGAGAAACAAGACAUCGUCGCACUAUCACCCUCGCGCAUUACCACUUUUGUCGCAAGACGCCCGGAGCCAUGGCGAGUCGCCAGCAGGCCAGUAGUAGCCGGCGCGCAUCCCAACUCUCGCAGCAACGCACCGCCGCCCUCCCCCCGCUCGACACCCGCGGCGAGAUGUUCCAAAGGGGCCAGCAUGGGUCCUUCUUCGACAUGAAGGCGCUGGCGCCUCGGCCGAUGUCGUCGUCGACGGAGAUGUUUGACACAGACUUCGAGGAUGAUGGCAGCGAGAUCGAGGAGGGCGAAUACUCACCUAGGAUCAGCAUUAACUCCGCUGGACGGAGGAGUCAGACUACACUGUCCUCAUAUGAGGAUCUGCCGACGCCAAAGUCAAAUAGCUUCCAUGGCUUUGACUUCCAACUCCAGCAGACUACGGCGCCGGCGCCGGGCAAGUCAGUAGAAGGACCAAAGGGACCACAUCUGUUCAGGAUCUCCCAGGAGGUGACGCCCGAGGAGGAGUACUACCUGACAAUGUCGCCGGUAACCCCGCGAUACCCACCGUCGUCGCGGCCCGAGACAGCAUUCAGAGUCCCGUCGUUGCCAUACCCACAGCCAGAGCUGAAGCAUAGGCCAAUCAGCACGCUGACUGCAGCGGUGACGAAGCUGAAUAAGAUGGAGGUAGCCAUGUGGACGCCUCGCCAGGUGGCGAGGUGGAUGUACCAUGCAGGGUUCGAGCCAGCUAUUGUAGAGAAGUUCGAGGAGAACGAUAUCUCAGGCGAGAUCUUAACCACCCUCAAGUUUGAAGACCUCCGAGAACUCGACAUCCAGUCUUUUGGCCAGCGUCACAAGCUAUGGGCUGAGAUCCACACUCUCCGCGGCGAUGCAGUGGGCGCGCCAACGUCGCCAACUGAGAUCGACUGCGGCUCGAGCGACGAGGAUGAGCGCACGCACAAGAAGUCCAAGCCGCGCAGGAAACACAAGAAGUCCAGCUUUGAGGAUAUCAUCUCCCCACUCGAGUCCGUCUCCAUCGUCGGCAUCGAGCAGCUCAUGCCCAAGGCGCACAAGUGCUCCAAGGGUGAGAACUGCUCGCGUUGGAAGAAGCAACAGCGCCUCAUCCAGCAAUUCAAGAUGGGCCACCCCGUCAGUCCAGACGGCGGCAUGAUCCUCAUCGCCGGCGACCCAGGCAACCCCCUCACAGCCGAAGCCGUGCGCCCCUUCUCCGAAGCCCAGCCGUCCGUCGUCGCCUCCUCCGACCUCCUCGGCCCCGGCGAGAUCCCCUCCUUCUCCCACAUCGACCCCGAGCAACUCGCCGCCCUCACCUCGCGCGACCCCCAGGAUAACGUCAAGCAAUUCCUCAACUUCCAACACGUCGACCAGAACUGGUCCUCCGAGGAACCCCCAACUCCACCAUACGAGAUGUUUCCCUCCCUCCCCGCCCCCCUCCAACACUCCGCGCAACCAACCCACCCCCUCACCAACCUCCGCAACCUCCCCAAACUCGCCAUCCCCCCUCCCCGGCCCCCGCGCUCCGCAUCCGCAAUGGCCUUCUCCCCAGGCCCCAUGGACCGCGCCGAAGCCCUCUCCCCCGACCUCCGCAGCGCGCGCGAGCGCCAACCGUACCGCUUCGGCACACCAGCCUCAGACAUGGACGUCCCCGUCACAGCCAUCAACCUCGGUCCCAUCUCGCGCGACGCCUCCCAAUCCGUCCCACCAAACAUGUCAUACCGCAACAACGUCCCCGCCGCCGGCCCACCUCUCUCCCGCUCAGCAUCCCGCUCCUCCCGCCGCCCCUCCUACCAAGCAGGCCUCCCGCGCCUCGACGAGGACCCCGUUGUUGCGCCUCCUCGGCCUCACCGCUCCAGUGUCCUUGGCCCGAUCUCGCCCCCGCGCCAGGUCGUGGCUUCAAACGCAUAUUCACCUGUUCGUGCGCCCACUGAGCGUUCUACGGACGACUUGGGACACCAGGGGUGGAUGCGCAAGCGCAGGACCCGCAUGUUGAGACAUGAGUGGCAUGAGCACCACUUCACGCUGCGCGGAACGCGGUUGGCGAUGCACAAGGAUGAGCGCGCGCGCGAGGUCCUCGAGUCUAUUGAUGUGGACGACUACGCUGUGGCGUGCAGCUCGCUUGCGUCGUCGAAGAUCAACACGGCGUUUAAGGCGAUGAAUAUUAAGUUAGGGAAGAAAGAGGAGGAGGGCGCGUUUGCGUUCCAGCUCAUCCCCGCGGUGGUGGAGAAGGCGGAGAAGUUGAGGAAGAAUAGGGAGAGUGGGAUUUUUGGGAGCAGCAGUGUGGAGAAGGAUAAGGUCAAGACGCAUCAUUUUGCAGUGAAGUCGAGGGAUGAGAGGAUUGAUUGGAUGAGAGAGCUUAUGCUUGCGAAGGCGCUGAAGCAGAAGGGCGAGGGCUUCGAGGUCAAUGUCAAUGGCAAUAUGAUCUAGGUUGCGACAGACUGAAGUGGUGUGUUUUUUUUGUUUGGGUUCUUUGGGUAGUUAAUGUUAUCUGCUCGCAUAUUUAGCGGUCCUUACUGUUUGUGGUCGAGGUUUAUUAUUACCCUACUUUUUCUUGGAACGGCUUCGCGGCCUGGAUGGAGCAUGGAAUUGGAUUUGGAUUGGACCUGGAUGGGAUGGGGAUGAGAUAUAGCCAUGAAGAUUCGUGAUAUACAAUCAUUACUUUAGUAUAGGAAAUAAGAAAUCAGAGAACAUACUCCAAAAUCUUCACUUUUAGGUGCAAAUGCGUUUUCUGGUGCAUACUGGAAGGCGCGACCUACUUG